AUGAGUAAAAGUGAUGAGGAAGUCACCGGGCUGCCCCAUAUGCAGGAGUCCCAAAAAGCAGAGAGCCUGUCCUUAAACAAGGACGGCCACUUUAUCCACGACAAAUGCCAGGAUGAAGAUCUCCUGACCGAAGAUGAGAUUUAUUGCUCCUGUUUACUGAAGACCUUGUGCCAUACUUCCACCCCGGUCACCGAACUUGGCAGAUCUUCCAAACUCAUCAUUUUUGCAGGACACAUCCUCAAAGAAUCCAUCCAAAGGGAAGAAAGCCAAAAGUCCCGACUUCCACAAGGGAGGAGCUACCUGACCCUCCUCUGGUACAUCCUGUUCUACCAACCUGUCGUCACCAAGAUGCACCUCCAGAGAGAAACCAUCAAGUUCCUCUUCAUAAAAUUCAGCGCCUGGGAGUAUGCCUGCAACAACCAGUUGUGGGCUGGGUUGAUCACCACCCUGUGUGACCAUAUCCGCCACCACUUCGGUCCUCUUCCGCUGAGUUUCUAUCAUGUGGUAGGAAGCCAUCCAGAAUUCGUCUCGGAAUCAUAUACCCAAGAAGAGUGGAGGCUAAAACGGAAAACAUGCUGUAUCGCUGGAGGACUCAUGGUAAUUAUUUUGCUAGCUGGCGCAGGCCUGGCUACUACCGCCCUCCUCAUGCCAGGGAUAAGGGAUGGCACACUCUUGAAGUACCUUGGUAGUGGCAUUGUUGCCAUCUUGGGCUCCGGCUUCAUCAUCGCCAUCAGUCCUGUGAUUAAACACUUGAUCAUCAGCCAGAAGAAGAAGAUCGAGAGCAUGACCAGCGAUGAGAAGUUCACCAGCCACCUGGGUUUCAGGAGUGCAGUGAAGAGCGAGAUUGAGGUCCUCACCAGCUUUAUCUACUACAUGGAAAUCUUCGAGCGUCGGCGCUUGAAGGUUGUCUUUAAGAUUACAGGUUUAGACCUAUGCAACCCCGAACAGGUGGUUGGGGUGUUGAACGCCAUCAACACGCUCCUUUCCGACAGGAAUGCCCCCUUCAUCUUCAUCCUGGUGGUUGACCCCUCCGACAUCGUCUCUUGCUUGGAGCGGGCGAGCAGCAUGAAGGGAAUGGCGGACAACGGCUACCUGUACCUCAACCGCACCGUGACGCUUCCCUUCUCCAUCCCGGAAAUCGCCAUCAAGUCCAAGAUGCACUGCUUGAAGGAGACCUUACAGAAUCACCAAGAUCUAAUAAAUGUAAUCAGCAGAGGGACCAUGUACUCGGCGAUGAGUGACGAAGCACUGAGGGGCACGGAAGUGGUGAUGAAAGAGGACCAAGACCAGAUCGAUGCUAUGGCAUCCCGGUAUAUUCACGAAGCUUUCCAAUGCUUGGGAGAUGAAAAGAAUCGUCUCCACCAUUAUGUCCCAGAUGUCGCUAUCCAGAUGACCAGGAUCAUCAACACCAUCCCCAUUACGAUCAGGUUGAUGACACAACAGCGCCUGUUGAGGCACAGCCUCUGUCCCCGUGCAGUGGCCAGUUGGGUAGUGUUGGCCAACCAGUGGCCGUGUCGCUUGAGUUGGAUCCUCCAACGCAUGGAGGACAAGCUGCCAGGCCAACCGCCCGACGAGAAGAGGUUGAUGUGGGACGUCUUCGUGGAGACUUGCCCUGAGCUGUUCUCCAAGCACAAGGAACUCCAGAACAUCAUGGCUUUGGAUGGCGAUCCUGAACUUUUUGAGAAAUUCUUGUCCGGCGAUUUCCGCUUCACCGUUCAAGAAGGGAAGAAAUUCCUGAAGUAUACUGUGAACUUAGACCAUUCCAUAAGAUGCAAGAUGAGACAGCUGCAGGCUCUGGCGACUCUGGAGAACUACAGAAAAGGUGGAACAAAUUCAGAGAGGAGGGCUUAAGAGAUCCCAGAUUCCAUGUGAACUUCCAGGAAAUCAUGGUGAGAUAGUUAGCAGGGUUUCAUUCCAAGGGUGAAAUCCAGCAAGUUCUGACAGGUUCUGGAGAACCGGUAGUGGAAAAUUUGAGUAGUUCGGAGAACUGGCAAAUACCACCUCUGGCUGGCCCCAGAGUGAGGAGGGAAUGGGGAUUUUUACAAUAUCCUUCCCCCAGGAAUGGAGUAGGAAUAGAGAUUUUGCAGUAUCCUUCCCCACCAUGCCCACCAAGCCACGCCCACAGAACCGGUAGUAAAAAAAAUGUGGAUAUCACCGUUUCAUUCGCUGGAAAGAUGGGAGCAAGAAAGACACAGAAAGCUGUAAAGAUCAGGGGUGCCAAUUAUGGCUCCACUAUAACCAGCUGUGGACUUCAAGUCCCAGAAUGCCUCAGGAAUUCUGGGAAUUGAAAUCCAUAGGCUCAUGAAUGUCUGUGGAGAUUCAAGAUCUUCCAGGUGCUUUUCCCAGCUGGCUGAGGAACUCUGGGAGUUGAAGUCCACAAGUCUUAAAAGAGCCAAGCUUGCAGACACCCAUUCAUAUCCCAAAAGUUUACUUUGAAGAGUAGCAAAAAUCAACCGACUUCAGGAAAAUAGGAAACGAAGAGCACUGACUUGGUUGGCGGGCUUUCUCUAAAAGAUGGCCAGGUAUUUUAAUCUAGUCGUACAAAAGAAAUAAAUUCUUUCUUGUACAGUAAGGAACUUGCACCACCCAGUGGUCCAUCAAUGUUUCCGUUUUCAUUCGUGUAGGUGGGCUCCAGCCAUUGUAACUAGGAGAUAUAUUGUAAUUGGUUUAGUUUCUCGAUGGGUGAACCACCAAUUGUGGUUUCUUACAGUAACCCGCAGCCGAACAAACCACAGCUCUGCACUAUGCAAAUCAAGAUUUAUCGCUCGUUGAACAAGCCAGCUUUGCAUACCUGAAGCCUCUCAUCGAAGCAACACAAGGAAGCGCAACUAACUUAUCUUUAGGAGAAGCGUUUUUUAAAAAUGUUUGGUGUGAAUCCAGGCAUCUAUUUCUUUUCUAGCGGAGUAUGCCGACACAACUUGAUGAAACCCAAUUUUAAGGCGAUGUGUGUGAAUCCAGACACAUGCUUUCGCACGUAUUACCCGAGAUCACCUAUUUUUCUCCUCCUACAGUGCAGGACCUGUUGUGUUUUUUUCAAAUCAAUUGAAUGUUAACCGAUUAGUUAAGACAGGACUGGCUUGUCACCCAAGUUGUGAGCAUGACUGGUCUGAAGUCACCUACCUGGCUUUCAUGCCUAAGGCGGUACUAGAAUUCCCAGUCUCCUGGUGAUUGGCUCAUAGUCACCCAGCUGGCUUUCAUGCCUAAAGCGGGACUAGAACUCCCAGUCUCCUGGUGAUUGGUUCAUAGUCACCCAGCUGGCUUUCAUGCCUAAAGCGGGACUAGAACUCCCAGUCUCCUGGUGAUUGGUUCAUAGUCACCCAGCUGGCUUCCAUGCCUAAGGCGGUACUAGAACUCCCAGUCUCCUGGUGAUUGGUUCAUAGUCACCCAGCUGGCUUUCAUGCCUAAAGCGGGACUAGAACUCCCAGUCUCCUGGUGAUUGGUUCAUAGUCACCCAGCUGGCUUCCAUGCCUAAAGCGGGACUAGAACUCCCAGUCUCCUGGUGAUUGGUUCAUAGUCACCCAGCUGGCUUCCAUGCCUAAGGCGGUACUAGAAUUCCCAGUCUCCUGGUGAUUGACCCAGUCUCCCAGCUGACUUUCAUGCCUGAGGCAGGACUAAAACUCAUCAUUUCUCGAUUUCUGGUCCAUUACCUUCAACACUAGAGCACACAUUGGGAUGGGGGCGUGCGCAGGCAUAGGGGGCAGGGCACGGGGGGGCAUGCACAUGCAGAGGGGGCACGCAUUGCAUUUUUGGGGUUCAAUCACGCUUUGGGCAUUCCAUCUGGAAAAGGUUAGCCAUCACUGUUGUAGGCCAUUGUUUCUAAACCGUGAUUGCUUGAAGACGUGAGGACUUCAAUUCCCAGAAUUCCCCAGCUGGCAUAGCUGGGAGUUGAAGACCUCACAUCUUCAAGUGGUCAAACACUGCUCUUGGCCUUAAUGGGAUUGGCCAGCUGUGGCUUAGCGUGUUGUGUGAAUGUUGUCAUUUGGAUGAAUUCUUUAAACCACGAUUCGGUGAACACCUCAAGCAGGAUGUCGAGGCAACUCGGCCAUACUCAGUCAAGACGCUUCCAUGAUCCCAUAGGGAAUGGCUGAACUCCAAAUCCUCUUUAUUUUUCCUCCGAAAAGUUGUUUUCCAUUUUUCCAUUCUUCUGACCGAGAAGAAACCUAUGCUCAAGGAUAUCAUAAAGAAAAACUUGCAUUUCUUUGACCGGUGCAUUUUUCUAAUGUCUACAAAACUAGUUUUCAUUCAAUCCUGUACCACCAGCCAAGGAAAAAUCUGCACCUCUCUUUGCGUUCUAAAAUUGGUUUCCCAAAUUAUGCAGAGAUGUGGCUUGGGAAGUUCAAAAUUUUAAAACCGCAAGCCCUUGGGGCAAGGAACAGUUUGGAAAUGCAGAGUUUUUCUCAAGAAAGUUUAUUUCAACCAGGCAUGAGAGCAAUAAAUCCAUGAAGUGCAUGAAGACAAAAUUACUUGAUAAGCCUCCUUUAAUUAUAAAAAAAGUACAGGAUCAGGAAGGAUUUCUUUUCCUUCUCUACAUUUUCAGAAAGAAAAGAAUUAACUUACUGUAUCUAUUUGCCACCUCUUGUCAAGGGCUGAAGAGCCUCCCAGAAAAUAAAAUAAAAUAGUAUUCCAGU